AUGGAGCAGCCUAAGCUGGCGAAGGUGAACAAGAUUCUGGGAAGAACGGGAAGUCGCGGAGGAGUGACGCAGGUCAGAGUCGACUUCAUGGGAGAGUCGGGCUGGGAGGGCCGUACUCUCAUAAGGAACGUCAAGGGCCCCGUUCGCGAGGGCGAUAUUCUGGCGCUGCUCGAAACCGAGCGCGAGGCCAGAAGAUUGAGGUGA